AUUCAUUAUGCAACCUGGCAUGACAGGAAUCUGCAUAAGUCGUUUAGCUUCUGUCUGCCUAGUAGGCCUUGUGUUCUAUUCCAUUAUUGUGGUGAAAGGUAACCGUGAAAAGACAAGUGACAAACAUUAAUACAAUUAUCGUGAAAAUGGUGAAAAUUGGAGUCGUCUUUCUCGCCUUUAUUUGCGUCGUGGACUCCAGAGAUUACCAACGCAUUCGUUCCCAAGAUUUAGAAGAUUACAGGAUAUCGGGACUAUCCUGUUUUAGUAACUGUACCCCGGCAUCCCCUGAUGAUGUCUAUUACUACUUGUGGACCCGUGAAUACUAUGACGAACCACUUUUAUUAACUGACGAAACAAUUGAUCAGUUAGAUAUAACAUUAGAUAGUAAAUUUAUUAUGCACGGCUGGAAUGAGGGGUACAACACGUCUUGGAUUGAAGCCAUGAAGGAUGCUUAUCUCAGAAAUAAUAUUUGCAACGUUAUUACUCCAGAUUACAUCACAUACACACUUCGACAGAGUUUAGAAGCCUGUUGUUUCACGCCCUCCAUCGCAAGUAUCGUGGGUUAUUUCAUAUAUAAUUUGCAAAAAACGAAAGGAUUGAAUUUAAAAAAAUCGCAUCUGAUAGGGGCUUCUUUGGGGGCCCAGUUAAGUGGGAUGGUGGGUCAGGCCAUUCAGUAUUACACGGAUGGGGAAAAAGUAGGGCGAAUAACAGGAUUGGAUCCGGCAUUUCCCGGUUACGAAAUUGCUCCUGAUGAUAUGCGAUUGACCCCAGACGAUGGUGAUGUGGUGGACAUAUAUCACACUAAUGCCGGAGAAUAUGGGUGGCCAACUCCCACAGGAACAGUCGAUUUUUAUCCCAAUUGUGGGAUUUUGCAACCGCAGUGUGUCCAAGAAACGGGUCUCAUAGGUGGCCUCUGCAGCCAUUCUCAGUCCCAUGUUUUUUUCAACGCCACCAUCUACUACUCGGACAUAUUCAUAGGGGUCAAAUGUGAUAAUUGCGAAGAUUUCGAAGCCGGAAAAUGUGACAACAACGAGAGAGCCAUAGUAGGAGAGUACGUUCCUUCUAACGCCAGGGGGGUGUACUAUACCAGGAUUGGGACAAGAGACGUCCCUUACGAUCCAAAUCCGAGGGCUAACACUGCUGUUGGGCCACAGCAGAACCAAAACGCUGCAGCAAACAGGGGCAAUUCGAAUCAGGGUCAAGGGAGGAACAAUAAUCAACGUCCAAAUCAACGACAGGGCCAAAGGGGGAGUACAAAUCAAGCAAGAAGAGUUAACCUGGGCAGAAGGGGACAGUCGCAAAAUUUGGUUUCAGAUGGGGAUGACAGAUGGCAAUUCUACAUUAAUUACAACAGCAAAUAGACUAGUUGUAUAAAAAGAAGUAUUAAUUUAAAAAGGGUCACAUAUAAGGUAAGCAGAAUCUAUACUUUUGGUAAAAGUUUAAAUGAUGGAGGGAAGGGUGGGGAUGUCCUUACAGAACAUUAAAAAAGGCAGAGGCAUGGAGGAGGAAGUUGGAAAGGGACUGUCGGUUUCAAGUGAGAAUAGGUAGAGGGAAUGGACUUUUUAAAACACUAAAAAAACGUUUUAGGAGGGCAGAGGGUUGGUGGGCAAGGAGUGGAUGUGAAAACUCCAAUACUUAAAAAAGAAACCAAUGUCUUCACUUCCACCAUCUCUGCGCCCACUUAAAAACGACUUUUGAGUGUUCUACAUGAUCACCUCGACCCCAUUCACACAUAUCUCUCCCCUUCCAACAUAGGGCCCUGUUAAGUAUUAUUCAAUUAUCGUUUCCAAUUUUCAUCUCCAACCCCUGCGUCUCAAUCUAAAGACUGUUUUACAAGGUCUUCCCCAUCCCUUCAAAAAAACAUCUUUACCUCCAAAUCUAAGAACAGGCCUUUCAUGUACAAAAUUAUCAUACUUUAUACUGCAUUAAAAAUAUUUUUCUUAUUUAUUUAUCUACUUACUGAGGUGGCAUUUUUUUAUAAAAUGUACUUCUAUAUCA